UUCUCCGCUCCACACCACUCUCGCCCUUUCUUUCCUGGCGGCGGCGAGUCGGCGACGACAGGGCGAGCGGCCACCCUUGGGCAGGUCUUCGUCGGGGGCGCUUCACCGCCGACGAACAUCAGACAGAAUAAUCAGUUGCUGUAAAGUGUUCAUGAACAAUGGUUUCUGUUGGGUCGAGGGCAAUUAGACCCAAGGGCAGCAGACAAAACGGCUUGAUAGGUGGAGAUUCAGAUGAUAGCUCACACAAGAAGAGGGGAAGAAAGGAUAAGAGCGAGAAGCCCCGGAAAGGGGGACAUGGUUCGAGUAAAGGGCCUUCUGUAGGGAAACCUCAGCAUGGGAAGGAUAAGAAGCAGAGGAGCGAUGAUGGGAAGAAAGGGAAAGGGCGAGGGAAGGACCACCGUUCAGGAAGCUCUGCAGUGAUGAAUCCCAGGAAUCAGGAUAAACUGCCGUCCUCCAACACAACAAAGCCAGUACAAAAUGUUCUUAGGAAAAGAGUUGAUCCUGAAACUGCAAAAUACUUUAUGGAGAUCUCAAAUCUCUUUGAUAACAAGGAGAUUGAUUUGGAUGAGCGCUCGACUAUAUGCGCUAAUGCCUUGGAAGAAACAAGAGGGAAAGAGCUUGAACUCGCUACUGAUGCUGUUAUAAGCCACACCUUGCAGGUUCUUGUAGAAGGCUGUGAGUUGGAGCAGGUAUGCACAUUCCUCCGCAAUUGCAUUGGGUCUUUUCCGGUAAUUGCUAUGGAUAAAAAUGGGUCACAUGUGGCGGAAGCGGCUCUCAAGUCACUUGCAACACAUCUUGAAGAUCAGGCCUCCAGGACCAUGAUAGAAGAGAUACUGAAUAAGAUAUGCAAGGUUAUUGCUGCAGAUGCUGCUAAUGUGAUGUCCAGCUGCUAUGGAUCACAUGUUCUUCGCACCCUGCUUUGUCUUUGUAAGGGAGUUCCAUUAGAGUCACUGCAAGACUUCCACACUACUAAGAGAUCUGCUGUUCUAGCUGAGCGGUUGAGUUGUGGUACAAAUCAAUCUGGUGGACAUGGUCCAAACAAUUUUGAAAAUGGUUUCUCAGACAUUUUUAAGUCUUUUAUCAGAGAAAUGCUACAUAAUGCAAAAGCUGACAUUGCAACUUUACGAAUUGACAAGAAUAGUAGCCUUGUUUUACAGACUGCACUGAAAUUAUCAUGCGGUGAUGAUAAUGAGUUGCGUCACAUAAUAUCAAUUCUUUUUGGUUAUGAUGAAGAUGGUACUGUAGAGAUGAGAGAUUACAGUGAAAAAAAGGAGGAGAUUGUUACAUUACUUGAAGAAAGUGCUUAUAGCCAUCUCUUAGAGGUGAUUGUGGAGGUUGCCCCAGACGAAUUGCGCAAUGGUAUGCUUUUAGGUACUCUUAAGAGUGCAUUAUUUCCAAUCUCAUCUCACCACUGUGGCAAUUAUGUGGUGCAAGCUUUGAUAUCAUCAGCAAAAACCUCUGAUCAGAUGAGCCAAAUAUGGGAGGAACUUGGUUCAAAAAUUAAGGAAUUGCUCGAGCUAGGUAAAACAGGAGUUGUAGCUUCCAUCUUAGCGGCAUGCCAGCGGCUUGAAACUUAUCGCCUUGAGAGUUCUCAAGCUCUUUCUGCGGCAUUAAGUUCAGAUUCUGAGUCUCCUGAUAGCAUUGUUGCGCAUAUGCUGUUUCUUGAGAACUACCUACGAGAGAGAUCUUAUUGGAAAUGGCCUCUUGGUGCAAAGAUGAGUGUUUUGGGUUGCUUGAUGCUGCAAUCAAUUUUUCAAUACCCACAUCAAUAUAUUCGACCUUAUGUUGCAAGCUUGCUGGCUAUGGAGGAUGAUCAGAUCCUCCAAAUUUCUAAGGACUCGGGAGGUAGCCGUGUUCUUGAGGCUUUUCUAGGUUCAAGUGCCACUGCAAAGCGAAAAUUUAAAGUAUUUGGAAAGUUGCAAGGUCAUUAUGGAGAGAUUGCUAUGAACCCUUCUGGCUCAUUCUUAGUAGAGAAGUGCUUUACUGCCAGUAACUUUUCUCACAAGGAGGCUAUAGUGGCAGAGCUGCUGGCUGCGCAAUCUGAACUAUCUAAAACAAGACACGGGUUCCACUUGCUAAAGAAGCUUGAUGUUGAUAGAUAUGCUAGGCGACCUGAGCAGUGGAGGGCUAGUCAAACUUCAAAAGAAACAACUCUCAGACAAUUUGAGGUGGAAUUUGGUUCUAAUAGUAAAUCUGUUGCGCAAACUUUCGAAGAAAAGUUCCUUUCUCAAAGUCCCUCAAAGAAACGUAAGCAGGGGAAGUCUGACAAAAUUACUGAGGAUGCCAGCUACAACAAACCAGAUUUCUCUCAGACAGGAAACAGUAAGAGGCCAAAAUCUGCCAAGUCAACUUCUGAGAAAGAAUUUAGCAGCAAGAAACUUGCAAGGGAAGGCACCAGCAUGGCAUUCUUGAAGGAUUCUGGCAAGAGGAAAUCACCAGGUUUCCUCUCAGAUAAGCCAAGCCUGAAGAAACAAAAACAUCAAUGGCCCACUUCUGGUAAACCAGACGGCAAGAGGUUUGGUCAAGGUAGUAGUUCUAGCAUGCCGUUUGUCAAGAACACUGGCAAACCGAAACGGUCCAUCGCGGAGCUUGCUGAUCUGGCUGGUAAGGAGAAGCUGACUGCGGCCGAGGUCCGCAAAUUGCUGAAGCCCGAAAUGUCAAAGAGCUAAUCCCUCCCAGUCCCAGACUGUGUAGGCAGCAAUUUUGUUUGUCAUUUCCCCCCAUGUAUUGCAAGCCAUGAGGCUUAAUAUACCUGGUCGAACCUUGUAACACGUGAGAAUGUGAGAUGGUUUGCCUCGGUAAAAUGAGUUCUUAUACGGUGUCUCGAGACCGGUUUCUUUUGUUACAGGAAGGUUUGUUUGAUA